GGCUGCUGUUAUUGUUGUCUGCUUUUUAUUUUCGAUCGGCUUUAAAAGUGAAACCGCCCUCGAAGGAGCCCACAGUACUUCCACUUGCGCAGGGUAAUUGCGGGGAUGCGUCAGCAGUGCGGCAGAGUUUACACGUGGAAUUGUGCUGGCGAACUCUAUGGCGUCGAGUGUUCCCUGUGCGAGGAGCGUCCUUUGUGCGCGCUUUCCGAAUUUCCGGAGCACAUGUUCGUAUGGCAUUCCGAUUGGGAGGCCCCCGAAGCUAAUAGUUUCGAAGAAACCAAAUCGGGUGGCGUUCCCGAGGAUGAGCUUAUGCAGGAGGUGCUAGCGGAGCAACGAACGAACGGCGAGGACAAUGAACUUAAGCAGCAACUUGUCUCGCAAUUAAAUGCCGUUGCGAAGGAUGCGGUAGCAAAGGCAGAGAUAGUUGCAGUUAUUGAAGGAGAGAAACAAACUGAUAAAGAUAAUUUGGAAAAUGUAAAGAUCGGUACAUCGGAAGAAUCAGCGGAUGCCUGGGAUGCAGCAAUAAAAACUUAUCCUAUUCCCGAUUCUACUGUGCAGGAGAUCUCACCUGUUCCAGAGGGCCAGCGACUUACGACGAAACAUGUGAACCGCCUUAUCGACCUUUAUCGAUCUGAGCCUUGUCUUUGGAAUCAGACGCAUGAGGAGUUCCACAACAUGGAGUUGUGUCGCCAAUCCUGGAGUCGGAUCACAGAAGCCUGGAGUGCCUACUGCGGUCGGAGUUUUAGCAUGACGGAAGUUCGGAUCAGGGUAUCGACGCUGUGUCAGCGAUUUAUUAAGCAAAGGGAGCGUUUGGAAGCGGAUGGCGAACUGGAUGAAAAUGCAAAGUUUGCACACUUUGAUCAACUGAACUUCCUAUCUGAACAGCAAUCGCUGUUAAAACGGCAACGCCACUAUGCCCGGGAGAACAGCCGUCUUCUGGAGUUUUACGAGCACUACCCAGUCCUGUGGCACAACGCACACAAGCGGAUGCGUUGCGCAGAGACCGUACGCCAGCGACAAGACGCUCUCUUGGGUCUCCAGUUGGCGUUAAAACUCUCGGGGAUUAGCCUAUCGCCCGUGGUCAUUCAGCGACGUUUGCAAUCGCUGCGAAAACGCUAUCGCCUGGAGAAGAUGUGCUAUCUGCAAAGCGUAGUAGAGGAAAAACAGUCGGAGUUUGUAUCCGGGUUUGAGCACUACGCGGAAAUGGAGUUCCUGCACAAGCACAUUGACCCUUAUGUGUGUGCUGUGUGCGGAAAGAUCUUUGAGAAUCUGGUGGGACACCAAACACAUGUUCAAAAUACCUGUGGAGUGAUAAAAAUGGAAAAAAAGGUAGAUGGUUCGGAGGGAAAUCAGGAACUUAAGGAACAUUUGGCGGAUAUGUUGAAUGAGGAGAAAACCCUAGUUGAAAAAGUGAGCCAACAAUCGAUGAAUCUUUUGAAGGAAAGACUUCAGGAACCCCUUGAAAACAUCAAAUUUUUGAAGGACCUUGCAGAGAAUAGAAUAGGCUUAAGAGAUGUCCAGGAUUCUCGAAUGCCAAAUCUAUCUGAUGCCUGUGCCGCUGCCCAAUUGGAAGAUCCUUACGAUCUACACACCCCCCUAAACCUAAUUGAGGGCGACACCUUUGAGAGGGGACCACGUUUUCGUUUGACUCUUCAACAAGCUCAAGAUCUGGUCCGACAAUAUCGAUUCCAUGCGUGCCUGUGGGAUCCCAAUCAUCUAGACUACCAUUCCCGAAGACAACGAAAACUUGCAUGGAAUGCCAUUUCGGGGGAACUGAACCUAAAUACAACUGGACAACGAAUCAGCUGGCAGAUUUUGCACCGAAAAAUCACGGAUUACACCAAGUACUAUCGCAAAGAGAGGAAAAGGCAAAUAAAGGAGGAGGAUAAGGAUUCCAAAUGGAACCUGUUUGAGGAGUUUCGCUUUCUAGAUGACGUAUUGCCCAUUAGCUCCGAAAUGCAGAAAAGCCUUAAUCAGCGAGAUAGCAAUCUCAAGAUCAUAACCGCUUACCAGGCAUAUGCGCAGCUGUGGUGCACCGAUCAUCCUGAUUAUACGAAACGGAAGCAGCGACAGCGGCAAUUGGAAUCCUUGUGUAGCAGACUACAGGAAGAUUUCAAUCUGCAGAUGACGGUGGAACGCCUGAAGAGUCGCCUUAUAGAAUUUCGAUGCCAGUAUCGCCACUGCAAGGAGGCCCGAAUUGCGGCCCAUGAGAAAUCUGAGCAGUGGAUCCCAAACUAUGAGUAUUAUGAACAGCUACGCUUCUUGGAACUUCACGUGGCGCCCUUUCAGUGCCUCAGUUGUACAGAGUCCUUUAAGAGACGUACAGAUUACCUGCAGCAUGAAAAGAAUGUCCAUGGCGACGUGGAUAAAUCACUGAACGGUGAUUUUUACUAUAUGAGACGGCGUAAAGGUAGGAAAUCCCUUCAGGAGAAUUUGCAACAGGAUCAUGACCUGGCAAACAUAUGCCACAUUUGUGGUCUCAAGUUUUCACUGAGAAACAGCCUUUUGGCCCAUCUGCGACGACAUUUAGGCCAGAAAACUCACGCAUGCACCGAAUGUCCAAAGAAGUUUUUCAGCUCCACAUCCUUGCGGGUCCACCACAGGAGUCACACCAAAGAACUGCCCUACGUUUGCGAGCAUUGCGCCCGAGGAUUCGUUAAUGCCAGCAAAUUGAAUCAGCAUACCAAGCGACACAGGAACCAGCGGGAUUUUCCCUGCAAUAGAUGUGACAAGGCUUUUUUUACGGCACACGAAAGGGACCGGCAUUUGCGCGUCCAUCUAAACAUCCGUGACAAGGUGUGUCCGUACUGCUCCCGGGCCUUUGUUGUGGGCAGUGCCUACUAUGCCCAUCUGAACCUCCACCGCACUGAGAAGCGCUACACAUGUGGAGCCUGUGGCAAGAAGUUCUCUCAAUACGCCGGACUCUAUAAGCACCGUAGGCGAUGCCUACCAACAGAAGUAUUAGAGGAAUGAUUCUCCCAGCUUUUAACAUAAACAAAACUAAAAAUUUAAGGGCACUUUUUAAGGGUUAAAAUAAAAAUUAGGCUUAUCUUUAAAAUGUAUGUACGAGAAAACAAUGACUCCAAAAUAAACACAUUUGUUACAUUUUUUA